UCCAUGGCAAAGAACAAAAGCAAAGGCGCGGCGGAGGAGAGCUUGGUCCCCGAGGCCACCGUCGAGGCGCUGCACCGGACCCUCGACGCCGUCGAUGACCUCCAGGCUAACCUCACCGAGUUCCUAUCCAUCGCCGAACCGGAUGUGCUGGCUGAGCUCCACCCUCUGCAACGCGCUCGCGCUUUUCUCCUCCUGGCUAAGUCCACCUCUGCUCUACUCUCCGUGAGGUUGAGGUGCAGUGGAAUUUGCCCGGAUGAUCAUCCGAUCAAGUCAGAAUUUGAGAGGCUAAGCUUGUUUGAGGACAAGUUGGAACGCUUUACUGAUUGGGAUAGAGAACCACUGCGGCCAUCAACCACAUUAAAUAGUCAGGCAGCAACCCGGUUCAUUGAGCAUUCUUUACCAGAUUUAACACAAGAACAGAGGAAGAGCAUGCGUGAUAUCAGCAGAGGACAGAUCAACCGAAACAGAUUUGAUGAUCGUAGGACAAGAAAGAAAAGAAAGCACCAGACAACCGAGAACCAGUCUGUCCGUAGUGCUGCACAAGAGUUUCUUGAGAAAGCUGCUCAAGAGCUUUUUGGUUCUAAUGAUCAUGGAGUCAAGGGCCCCUUACGAAAUGACACAUCUGAUGAAGAAGAUGCACAAAUAGGAACCUAAUCAUCCAGUAAAGCGGAAAGUUCUGCAUAAUGGAUAUUCCAUUGUUAUGCUUUCAUGGAUCUUUUGUUUAGUGUUGUAUGAAGCAGUCCAAAGUAUGUGAGAAAGUGUUAAUUGAAAGAGGUAUAGUCAAAGUAUGAGGACCAAUUUUCCUAUGUUUCAGGUGAUGGAGUAGUUCAAUUGCUCGUCUUAUAUUAAUCUACACCUUGAUGUAAUUUACAAUGACUUCAGCUUCAUUUGUCUUGUUUGGUGAUGGCCAACUAUUUUUGGUGACUUUUGUUGCUUA